AUGGAGUCUUCUUUGGUCUCAAUCAACAUUUUAGUGACCAAGUUGAAGGAAGAGAUAUUUUCGAACACCAAAAACCACCAUCUUCAGUCAUUUGUUUCGCCAUCUGCAUAUGACACUGCUUGGUUAGCUAUGAUUCCUCACACAUUGGAACACAAUAGCCCUCUCUUUAAGGGUUGCCUUGAAUGGUUACUCUUGAACCAAAACGAAGAAGGAUAUUGGGGAGAAUCCAUUAAUGGUCUUCCCACCAUUGAUACUCUUCCUGCUACUCUUACUUCCAUGGCUGUGCUCCGAAAAUGGGGUACGGGAUCUCAUAACAUAGAAAACGGUUUGAAAUUUAUACAUGCAAACACUGAGAAUCUGCUUCAUCAUCACCAUCAUGAUCUUCCUAGAUGGUUCUUCAUUGUGUUCCCCGCAGCCAUUGAACUUGCUGAAUCAUUUGGUCUUGACCUUAUGUUCUCUGAUGACGCAAAAUCAAUCAUUUCUCAGAUAUACCAUGUCAGGAAACAAAUUUUCGGCAUGGAAGAGAUGGUUGAUAAAUGGCAAUACCCUCCAUUGAUGGCAUACUUAGAGACAUUUCCAAUGACAGAACGUAAUGUUGAUGAAGAAACUAUAAUCAAGCAUUUGAGAGAAGAUGGGUCACUUUUUCAAUCACCCUCGGCUACUGCACAGGCGUACCUUUCUACCGGAAACCAAAAGUGCCUUAACUAUCUGAUUUCACUAGUUCAAAAGUGUCCCAACGGAGUUCCUGAAAAGUAUCCAAUGGAUGAAGAGCUAGUUGAGCUCAGCAUGGUUGAUCAAGUGCAGAAGCUAGGCUUAUCUGAGUAUUUUACGGAGGAGAUUGACAACAUCCUUAGAAAAGUUUACAGGAGUUACAUGGGCCAAGAAUCACCGCAAGAUAAGAAGAUAUUUAUAGCAAUAAAAUUAUAUAAGGAUUCCUUAGCUUUUCGACUUUUUCGAUUGCAUGGGUAUAAUAUAUCUCCAAGGACUUUUUGUUGGUUCUUAUAUGAUAAUGAAAUAUUGGAUCAUUUGGAAAACAACAGUAGACAGUUCACAAGCUUAUUGCAUAAUGUUUACAAGGCCACGGAUCUUAUGUUCGUUGAAGAAAGUGAAGUAGAUGAGGCCAGGUCAUUUUCUAAAAAAGUCCUUCAAAGAAUCUCGGCCACAAAAAACAUAGUCAAUGAUACCGUUGUCAUGCUUCCCAAUAUAUCCAAAAUGAUUGAGGAAGAGCUAAGUAUACCAUGGAUUGCGAGACUUGAUCAUCUUGAUCAUAGGAUGUGGAUUGAACAAAACAAUGAAGGGCCUCUAUGGGUUGGAAAGGCCUCCUUUUAUAGGUUAUCAUGCAUACAUAAUUUCGAGCUUAUGCAAUUGGCUGUCGAAAAUUACGCAUUCCGACAAUUAAUCUACCAAAAUGAACUUGCCGAAUUAAAAAGGUGGUCCAAGAAGUGGGGGCUUACUGAAAUGGGAUUUGGCCGGGAGAAAACGGUGUAUUGUUAUUUUUCUGUUGCAGCUAGUACUUGUUUACCUCAUGAUUCUAUUAUACGGAUGCUUGUUGCGAAAAGUGCCAUAUUGAUUACAGUUGCAGAUGACUUUUUUGAUAUGAUAGGCAAUCUAGAAGAAUUACACAUCUUGAUUGAUGCGAUUCGUAGAUGGGAUGGUAAAGGCUUAAGUGGACCAAGCAAGGUUAUUUUCGAUGUGUUGGAUGAUCUUGUGAGAGAUACUACCGAAACCUUGGUCCUUCAAGGAAACAUUGAUGUAAUUGAAGAUUUUAGAGACCUAUGGCGGGAGACAUUCAAUUCGUGGUUGACUGAAACUACAUGGGGAAAGAACGGUUACAUACCUUCAGUGAAUGAAUACAUGGAAACUGGCAUGAUCUCCAUCGCUACACAUAUCUUGGUCCUAACUUCUUCAUGUUUCUUAAAUUCAAGCUUACCACAGUUCAAAGUCAAGCCUCAAAAGUAUGAAAACAUCACACAGUCACUUAUGGCUACUACUCGGUUGCUCAAUGACAUUCAAAGCUACGAGAAGGAACAAGAAGAAGGAAAAAUGAACCUUGUGUUGCUUCAUUUGAAAGAAAACUCAGAUGCAAGCAUGGAUGAUUCAAUUUCUCUUGUGAAAACGUUUCUCGAGGGGAAGCGGAAAGAGUUGCUUAAACAUGUUUUUACAGAGGAUGAUAGUGAUUUUCCAAAACAAUGGAAAUCCCUUCACUUAUCAUGCUUCAAGGCAUUUCAAAUGUUAUUUAAUUCUAGCAACCUAUAUGAUUCAGAUGCUGAUCUACAAUUAGACAUAGAGAAAGCAAUUUACAUUCCUCCAAAACGUGAACUUCCCAAAUAUUUGAAGCCCCAAACAACCAUGCAUCCAUUUCCACAAAAACGGAACUUAAUGAUCACUGGUGAAUAUUUUCAAACCACAGCUCGACGCUUUGUUCAUGGUUUUGUGGGCAUUAAGUGUCAUCAGCUUCCCAAGAAGUCCAUGAGAAAUGUCAUCUAUGAAGUGUUAAGUCCGCCGAUGUUUAUAUCGUGUUUCAUUUAAAGAAAAUACAUGAUCCAUAAUAUCCCAUACGUUACACAAGAUCGCAACAUCAAAGAACUACAGGCAAAAAUGUGAUAUUACUACGUACGAUGGAGAUGAUAACCAUAUAUGAUAAAUUAUUUAAAUUUGAUUGAUAAUUAUACAUGUAAAAGCUUGUUUGUGAG